ACCAUAGAGACUGACGGCGAGCGGAAGAGGAAGGCGCGGGCCGGGCUGUGAGGUGGCAGCGGCUGCAGCGGCGGAGCCGGCGCCUCGGUUGGGCACUGGGGUUUGUUCCCCCUUCCCCGCCCUUCCCCCUGCGGGGGCCACAGGGGCGCCGCUUCCGAGGACAGGAGCAGGUCCCACUCCCGCGCCCUCGUCCCUGCUUCCCCCAGGACGGUCCUGGCCGCGUGGACCACACCUGGGCCGCCUUUACCGGUCCGCCGCCUCCCCCCCGGCCCUGCUGCAGGGCCUCCCCCGGCGGGUCUCGGGGUGUGCCUGCUGUCCUUCGUCCGCUGGCGCAGGCAGGGCCUUGUCCCGCCGACGGGCCUGGUAACGGGGUCUUUGCCCUCCGGUCCCAGCCGCGAACCUGCAUUGCCUCCGCCGGAACAAACCCAGCCGAGUCCCCCAGCCCCUCCUCGACAGUUCCGUGACGCAGCCGGUUUUAUUUCUGUUUUGAGACUAACAGCUAAAACUCGCUUUGGGCCUUCUUUCCAGGGCUGGAGUUGGUCUCUGAUCGCUUAGAAGCAGAUAGAGCAGGGGGUCUGGUCCUUGGCAAAGGUCACUUCCCAAGCCAGCCGAGCCUCCGUUUGCUUUUGCAGGAGCCGGGUGUUGUCUCUAGCUUCUCGUCUCCUCACUUUGGUUUGGCUUGGGGCCCUGGGGCCCUGGUAAAACCAGACACCGAAUUGCUCUUACACAGCCAGAGUCACCGUCAUUUGCUCGUCGUCUCUUCACAGAGGAAGGUGGGCAGCACCAGCUUCUCAGCAGCUGGGAUUCAGAGAAGGAUGCCCUGCAAAAUGGCUCCAUCAGCCAUUGUGCUCCUCUGAGAGGCUCUUGGUGCUGAUUCACCGUUAUCUGUCCACCUCACUUGGGUGGGCAGAACUGUGCACCAUGCCAGUGGCUCCUGACCACUCCCAACUGGGAGGAGGGGUUACUCUAGCUGUGUGUUUCCCUAACACUCAGGAGUAGGGUAGGGAGAGGCCCUUAACCCUUCCCUUGGGCUCGCCUUCAAUAGCUAGUCGGCACCCCCUUUGGUACAUUGAGUGAGCAACGUGCCCCCAGCCAGGGGCCCUUUGACAAAGGCCUACCGACGCAGGCUCUUGGAGUUGGGGCUGUUAUUUGGAUGGAGCAUGCCCUUGGCCCCAGCCCCUUCUUUACUCGCCUCUGCUGUCUUCACUUAGAUCCAGUCUACAGAUGCGUGUAGUCCUUCUUUCUGGGUUAGAUUUGGCAGGAUUGAGUUUUGUUUCCUCGUCAUUCUGGAAGACAGACCAUAAGCACAUUAGUGGGUGAAAUCAACUCUAAUACUUACUACCAUUUAGACGAAGGGUUAAAUCUGGCACCUUGAGGACUGAAGCCCAGGCAUAUGCUUCCUGGGGAUGCUGGGCCUGGCAGCAGGCCUGGCAACCUUGCUGUGUCGUUGACCUCAUUGACCCCAGGCUUCCUGGAUAAAACCAUAGGCCUACUACUGGCCUGACACCCAUCAACCUACUGACUGAUCCUUGAGGAGGUCCCCUCCGGGGCAUGCACGUGGCAGGGCCUGCCACCAUGCGCCUGAGUUCCCUGUUGGCUCUGCUGCGACCAGCGCUGCCCCUCAUCCUCGGGCUGUCUCUGGGGUGCAGCCUGAGCCUCUUGCGGGUUUCCUGGAUCCAGGGUGAGGGAGAAGAUCCCUGUGUAGAGGCCGUGGGGGAACCAGGAGUGCCACAUAAUCCAGACUCCAGAACUGGACUCGACCAAAGUGAUGAAGACUUCAAACCCCGGAUUGUCCCUUACUACAGGGAUCCCAACAAGCCCUACAAGAAGGUGCUCAGGACUCGGUACAUCCAGACGGAGCUGGGCUCUCGGGAGCGGUUGCUGGUGGCUGUCCUGACUUCCCGGGCCACCCUGUCCACUCUGGCUGUGGCCGUCAACCGCACGGUGGCCCACCACUUCCCUCGAUUAUUGUACUUCACGGGGCAGCGGGGGGCCCGGACUCCUGCGGGCAUGCAGGUGGUAUCUCACGGGGACGAACGGCCGGCCUGGCUCAUGUCAGAGACCCUGCGCCACCUUCACACACACUUUGGGGCCGACUACGACUGGUUCUUCAUCAUGCAGGAUGACACGUAUGUCCAGGCCCCCCGCCUGGCAGCCCUUGCUGGCCACCUCAGCAUCAACCAAGACCUGUACUUGGGCCGAGCGGAGGAGUUUAUCGGCGCCGGCGAGCAGGCUCGGUACUGCCAUGGGGGCUUUGGCUACCUGUUGUCACGGAGUCUCCUGCUCCGAUUGCGGCCACAUCUGGAUGGCUGCCGAGGAGACAUUCUCAGUGCCCGUCCUGAUGAGUGGCUCGGCCGCUGCCUCAUCGACUCUCUAGGCAUCGGCUGUGUCUCGCAGCACCAGGGGCAGCAGUAUCGUUCCUUUGAGCUGGCCAAAAAUAGGGACCCUGAGAAGGAGGGGAGCUCGGCUUUCCUGAGUGCCUUUGCAGUGCACCCUGUCUCCGAGGGAACCCUCAUGUACAGGCUCCAUAAACGCUUCAGCGCUCUGGAGCUGGAGCGGGCGUACAGCGAAAUAGAGCAACUGCAGGCUCAGAUCCAGAACCUGACCGUGCUGACCCCCGAGGGCGAGGCAGGGCUGAGCUGGCCCAUCGGGCUCCCGGCCCCUUUCACCCCACACUCUCGAUUUGAGGUGCUGGGCUGGGACUACUUCACGGAGCAGCAUACCUUCUCCUGCGCAGAUGGGUCCCCCAAGUGCCCGCUGCAGGGGGCGAGCAGGGCGGACGUGGGUGACGCCGUGGAGACGGCCCUGGAGCAGCUGAAUCGGCGCUAUCAGCCCCGCCUGCGCUUCCAGAAGCAGCGGCUGCUCAACGGGUACCGGCGCUUCGACCCGGCGCGGGGCAUGGAGUACACCCUGGACCUGCUGCUGGAGGCCGUGACGCAGCGCGGGCACCGGCGGGCCCUGGCCCGCAGGGUCAGCCUGCUGCGGCCCCUGAGCCGGGUGGAAAUCCUGCCCAUGCCCUACGUCACCGAGGCCACCCGCGUGCAGCUGGUGCUGCCACUCCCGGUGGCCGAAGCCGCCGCCGCCCUCGCUUUCCUCGAGGCCUUUGCAGCCAGUGUUCUGGAGCCGCGAGAGCACGCGCUGCUCACCCUGUUGCUGGUCUACGGACCUCGGGACGGUGGCCGGGGGGCCCCGGACCCAUUUCUCGGGGUGAAGGCCGCGGCGGCCGAGUUAGAGCGACGGCACCCCGGGACGAGGCUGGCCUGGCUCGCCGUGCGCGCGGAGGCCCCUUCCCAGGUGCGGCUCAUGGACGUGGUCUCUAAGAAGCACCCCGUGGACACGCUUUUCUUCCUCACCACCGUGUGGACCAGGCCGGGGCCCGAAGUCCUCAACCGCUGCCGCAUGAAUGCUAUCUCCGGCUGGCAGGCCUUCUUCCCAGUGCAUUUCCAGGAGUUCAACCCUGCCCUGGCACCACAGAGAUCUCCCGCGGGGCCCCCGGGGGCUGGCCCCGACCCCCCGUCCCCUCCCGGUGCCGACUCUUCCCGGGGGGCUCCCGUGGGAGGCAGGUUUGACCGGCAGGCUUCCGCGGAGGGUUGCUUCUACAACGCCGACUACCUGGCGGCCCGAGCCCGCCUGGCCGGGGAACUGGCAGGCCAGGAAGAGGAGGAAGCCCUGGAGGGGCUGGAGGUGAUGGAUGUUUUCCUCCGGUUCUCAGGGCUCCACCUCUUCCGGGCCGUGGAGCCAGGGCUGGUGCAGAAGUUCUCUCUGCGAGACUGCAGCCCCCGGCUCAGCGAGGAGCUCUAUCACCGCUGCCGCCUCAGCAACCUGGAGGGGCUGGGGGGCCGUGCCCAGCUCGCCAUGGCUCUGUUCGAGCAGGAGCAGGCCAACAGCACCUAGCGCGCCCCGGGCCCGGCCCCUCCGUGGAGUUCCCCUCUCUGCCGCAGCCCCGGGAAGGGCAAGGCAAGAUGGACGGACAGAUGGAGAGCUUGUUGCUGUAUUUUUUUUUUUUUUUUUAAUAAGAAAACGUUAUUAAAAGUGUCUUCUGCCAAACUGUUUUUAGGUCUAGGGGAAAUGGAGUCAGGAGGAGAAUCUGAGGGAGGGGGUAGGGAGGCUUCCCAGAGGGACCCGCCGCCUUCCCCCUUGUCCUUCCUCCCCGGUUGCCAAUGACACACGAGGCUGCUCUCAGAUGCAUGAGCUUUAAUCAUUCCCCUGCCUCACCCGGAAGGCGUCAGAGGGGCGAUGGCAGAGCCCGGGGGCGGGGCAGGCCCGGCCCGGAGGCCCUCGGUGGUGCUCCUGGUGCUCCUCCGCAGGGGCUCCUAGGUGGUGCGCACGACCAGCGACUGCUCCAGCUCCUGCCGGCGCUGCUGGAUCUUUAGAGAAAUAAGAGUACUGGCAGGUUACGCUGUUGCUGUGCUCCCUGAGUCCCCUUCACCUUGAGGUCCCGGCUCUGGGAGCGGAGCAGGUCUUGGAUGUAGCCUUUGGGGUCUCUGGAGAAGCUUAGCAUGAAGUCCCUCUGGAUCUUGAGCUGGUUUAUGGACUCAAUCGUCUCAUGGAUCUGCAGCUCUGGGCUCGGGCCCCACCUUACUGUCCAGAGCGCUGAUCUCCUGCUGGUUGGCCGUGGACAGAAGGAAGCUGCUCAUCUGUCCCUUCAGGGGCUCCUCCACCUCCACAUCAAUGUCAUAGCACGCCGUCUUCUUCUGGUCCGACGGGUCCACGCUGCCAGGGAAGUCCAGGCCUUGGUGUCCCUGCUGCUGCCACAGAGGCCAGGGGCCCCAGGGGCAGACUGGUGGGGGGUGGGGGUGGGGAGAGGGAGGGCAGAACGGCAAUGACUCCCUGGGCUGAGGAGCAAGCUGGGGCCUCACCUGAUGACGUGGUUGAUGACAAUUGGGUCAGGGGGCAACAGCAGAGCUGUGAGGCGCUGGGGAAUCUCCGAAAACUUCAGCCGGGGGCAAUCAAAAAUCUGAAGUAGGAGAGAGAGGGAGAGAGAGAGAGACACCACUCUCGUCUGCUUGAAAAGAGCAGAACUGCAGUCCUAGAGCCUUCCGUUCUGGGAAGGUGACGCCAUGAGCCAGUCUAACUCCUCUCCUGGGGCCGGGACUAAGGUGUCUGGGGGGUGGAGUGCGGACACAGAGGUGGGUGGGGGCCGUGCAGUGGUUGGAAGCAUGGGCCCUGGGCCGGGGGCCGUGGUGCAAAUCCUGCCUCUUCCCAUUAACAGUGCAACCUUGAGCCCGUCCCCUAAAUUCGGGGGCCUCGGUGUCUUCAUCUCUAAAGCGGGUAUGGCCAUGGUACCUGUCUGCCAGGGCGGCUCUGAGGACCAAAUGUGAUCCACGUUAAGUGCCCGCGAGCAUGCCUGGCACAUGGCGAGUGCUCAAUAAACACCAACUGUUACUUUGC